ACGUAGCACUGAAUCAUCCCCCUGCAUUAUAAUUGAAAAGAAAAUGAUUUUCGCUUUUUUGAUUUAUUUGUUUUGGGGAAAUCAUUUUAUUACCCAUUUGCGGCUCUCUAAGGAAACACAGCGCCAAGCUCUGUGAAAAUCUUAGCUAUUUUUGGGCAACCUUCAAUUUUGUUGAUUUUCGAAGCUUCUUCUUCGUCUUCGAGCUCAGAAAUUCCAGCUGGAGCUUAAAGUUGCAGGGUUUUAGGGUUAGGGUUUGGUAUUGAAAUUGUAUUGGUUUCGUUGUGACGGAGACGAUGAUUGGUUGUCCGGUGGAACGGGGUUAGGGUUUGAAUUGGGAGAAGGUGGUGGUGGUGAGGCUGGGGAUUUUGUGUGGAGGGAGUAUUUGAUGGCGGCCGUGAAUCCGCAGCCACUGCAAGCGCGACCAUUCGAGGAGCACGGGAGAGGUCCGAUACCGAUCGAAGACGAUGAGGCUGAGUACGAAGAUGGUGGUGAUGAUGGUAUGGAGGACAUGGAAGAGGUUCAUGUGAAUUCCGUCAGCGUUGCGGAGCGUGGAGGAGGAGGAGGAGGAGGAGGAGGUGUGGUUAUGGCGUCCAGGACUAGUGAGCUCACUCUGUCUUUUGAAGGCGAGGUCUAUGUCUUCCCUGCUGUUACACCUGAGAAGGUGCAAGCAGUACUCUUGCUAUUGGGAGGACGUGAUGUACCAACUGGUGUGCCUACAGUUGAAGUGUCUUACGAUCAGAAUACACGGGGUGUGGCUGACACCCCAAAACGUUCAAAUCUUUCACGAAGAAUAGCUUCACUGGUUCGGUUUCGUGAAAAACGGAAGGAGAGAUGCUUUGACAAGAAAAUUAGGUACACAGUCCGUAAAGAGGUUGCACAGAGGAUGCUUCGUAAAAAUGGACAGUUUGCAUCGUUAAAACAAAAUUCAGGUGAUUCUGGUUGGGAUUCGGCACAAAGUGGCCUUCAAGAUGGCACUUCUCGACCGGAAACUGUCUUACGGCGAUGUCAACAUUGUGGAGUUAGUGAAAAUAAUACUCCUGCAAUGCGCCGUGGACCUGCUGGCCCAAGAACCUUAUGUAAUGCAUGUGGUCUUAUGUGGGCGAAUAAGGGAACACUGAGAGAUCUCAGCAAGGGAGGAAGGAACCUUACCAUGGACCAUAUAGAACCUGGAACACCAAUCGAAGUGAAGCCUUUACUUGUUGAAGGAGAAUUUUCUGGAAACCAGGAUGAGCAUGGAACACUUGAAGGUCCUUCUAAAACAGUUAUUGAAAGAUCCAAUGAUGCUUCUGUCAACCUGGAUGAACAAGAUUUGCAUGAAACCGCUGAAGAUCUUACAAACAGUUUGCCGAUGGGGAUUGUUUCCUCAGCCAAUGAUGAGCAGGAACCUCUGGUUGAGCUCACUAAUCCUUCAGAUACAGAUUUAGACAUCCCUACUAAUUUUGAUUAGAAGGUGAUGAUUUGUUAGCCAAUUGAUGCCAGGAAGUGUGGAUGGUUUAGUUCAUGUCCUUGUGCAGCAUACGCGUCAAAGUUUUCGAACGUAUAAAAGUACAGACAUUUAGGAACUUUAAUCUCUGCAAACAACCAGGACCUUCCGGCUGCAAUGAUCUCGUGAAUGGAGGCACAUUGCUACUUUCAGAUGACGAUAGAUGACGUGAUGUUUAUAUAAGUUAUUUUUAUCUUCUGUACAAGAGUUGUUAGGAGAUAUGGUUGAGAGUGUUCAGCGUUUUCUAAUAUAUGUAAUUUAUUUAGGUCUGUUCUGAUUGCAUUUUAUUGAAAUGCUGCCUUUCAUUUGUAAGUCAUAAAUCAUAAUGUUGAUGUAUCAUCAAAUAGAAUUAAACCCCAAA